CCUGCUGAUAUUUGACAUUUAGAGCUUCAAAAUGUGCUCCAAAAGUUUGUUCAAGGAUUCUCUUCAAUUUCAAAAUUAUACAGCCCAGUGCCGUUUUUUGGGCGUUUUUAUGAACUUAUUGCAAAAUACAAGACUCCUUACGCCUGUAAAACCAAAGAGAAGUAUAUUACGAUGCUCAAGAACACUAUUUUCUACAAAUGGGUCUUCACACAACUUUAAAAAGACGAUAACAAAGCAGAAAUCUGAUGGUGGUAAAAGCAAAACUGAGUAUCUUUUUGGCGUUGGACCAUGUUAUCUUGCCCUAAAAAGUAACAGACGAAAAAUAUCCAACAUAUACAUUAGGGAUGGUGCAGUUAAUACAACAAGGAAUGAGUUUGAAGAAAUAAGAAAAAUGGCAGAAGACAAGGGAGUACCAAUAGUCUCAACAACCAGGAAGCAUUUAUUAAAAUUAAGUCAAGGCAGACCAGCCCAGAAUAUUGUCAUGGAAGUCUCACCCUUGAAAUUUUUGAAUUGUGAAAGAAAAGAUUUUAAAAGUGAUACAGAAACAGGAAACCCAGAGCUGUGGGUUGCAUUAGAUGAAGUUCAGGAUCCGAUGAAUUUUGGUGCAAUUCUUAGAACAAGUUUCUUAUUAGGUGUAUCGGGAGUUGUAGUGCCUCAACGUAACAGUGCCCCUCUAUCUCCUGUGGUUAGCAAAGCCAGUGCUGGUGCCAUGGAGAUGAUGAAUAUCUUUCAAGUAUCUCACCUACCAUCGUUUUUGAAAGAGAGAGCUAAUGAAGGAUGGGAUAUACUGGGCUCUGUUUCACCAAAUUCAGCUGAAGAAUCAGAAGAAAAGCCUCUAGACUGCACUAACUACGAAAUACAUAAGACUGCUGUUCUGGUCUUAGGGAAUGAAGGAAUUGGUUUACAAAGUCAAGUACUUCAGCACUGUACGCGCCUGAUUUCAAUUUUUCCGCCAUCGUUGCAGCCAUCAUCUUUAGUCGGCCCUGACUCGUUGAAUGUUUCUGUGGCAACAGGUUUAGAAUUUAUAAGCUAUUCCACCAACCCCAUCUUAGACUUGCUCCAAUUCUCGCUCUCAAAUUCUUUCCCCCGUUGCAAACCCAGUCUCGUGUCCAAAGCUCCUCGGAUUCAAAUAGCGCACUUCCGGUUACGACGACUUUGCUAAGGCGAUCGCUCGGCUUCUCGUUUCCUACGCUCCAUUCCCCUCGGAAAGCUGUCGUAGCCAGCGAAGUGCACUAUUUUAAUUUUAAUUUUUAAUUUAGAAUUUCCGAAUAAAACUUGCAGGAGCAAGUCUAACCCCACCUUCACCAAUGUCUGUUCGAGACAUCCUCUUCUACUUUGCCUUAUUUCUGUCUGGGUGCCAAUGCCAAAGGAACAAAAAAAAAUCAAAUCCUACGAGUCUCGGCCUACGA